GAUUCUAAGUGACAGAUUGAAGCAGAGGACGAUAUUCGUUCUGACAAAAUAUCAUCAGAGAGAGAGAGAGAGAGAGAGAGAGAGAGGAGAGAGAGAUGAUGAUGACGAGGAGGACGAUGUGAUGAAUCUAACUCUCUGAUCAAAUAAAAUAUAUUUUGGCUUUUGGGAGAAGGCAAAUGAAUUCUGUAUCGCUUUUGCUUUCUUAAUCACAAUCUAUAAUUGCAUAAUCGUAUAGAUAUACAUAUACAUACACACACGUUUCUUGAAGAUUUUCAUGGCUUCUUUCUUCCAUGGAGGCUCUGAAGCUCGAGAAGCUUCUUCAUCUUCCUCGGAUCUCACGUUGCAAAACCAAUACAGCCUUCUCAUGAUGAACCCACUCGGCCACGCGCUUCUUCACGCGCCUCCGUCCCUCUCCGUCGUCCCCACCACCGUCGACAUGCCCACGUGUACUCCCCACCUCCAUCACACAAUCAACAACAACUUCUGCUUCAGCUCACCCGCCGUCGACUCAAACGCGGAGCCGACCUGUGACAUCAUCAACCCGGGUCCAUGUGGGUCCCAUGGGCCCGAGCUUCUGUCCUUGCCGGCUAAUGCCGGAAGCUGCAAGAAACUGUCUCUGAGCCUGUCUUCCCUGCAACCGCAAACGACAAUAGAUCACGUUGAGCAAGGGAAUUCUCCAGUUUCAACGGUUACAAACGGCGUCGUUUUCAGAGGCGGUGCCGGCAGUUUCGAUCCUAAGUACUUGAGGGCUGCUCAAGAAUUGCUCGACGAGAUCGUCAGCGUCGGAAACGCGAAUAAAAGCGAUUGCGUUGUCUCCAAAGGGAAGCUCAAGGUGAAAACAGAAUUUUCUGGUGACGUAUUCUCCGGCGGAUACGGCCGUGAACUCACUGCCGCUUACAGGCAGGAAUUGCAGAUGAAGAAGGCCAAGCUCGUGUCCAUGGUCGAAGAGCAGGUUGAGCAUAGAUACAGGCAAUACCGCGAGCAAAUGCAAAGAAUAGUGACAUCAUUCGAACAAGCCGCAGGGUUUGGAGCGGCUAAAUCGUACACAUCUUUGGCCUUACAGACAGUCUCGAAGCAGUUUAGAUGUCUUAAAGACGCGAUAUGUUUGCAGAUCAAGAUCAUAAGCAAGUGUUUAGGGGAAGAGUACAGUGUCUUAGGAGGCAAAGGAGAGUUAUUUAGAGCUCCAAGAACGGCGGGUCAAGGUCAAUUUCGUCACGUGGGGAUUAUGCCACACCUCCACCAUCACCAUUCCAAUGCUUGGAGGCCUCAGCGAGGGUUACCCGAAAGAGCGGUUUCGAUUCUACGUUCUUGGCUCUUCGAACACUUCCUUCACCCAUAUCCGAGGGAUUUGGAUAAGCAGUUGCUUGCCAAACAGACAGGGCUUACUAGGAGUCAGGUCUCAAAUUGGUUCAUAAAUGCUCGAGUUCGGCUGUGGAAGCCAAUGGUAGAGGAAAUGUAUUUGGAAGAAAUGAAGGGUCAAGAGAUUACAAAAGACGACAACCUCAGCGAAGAAGAAGAUGAUGAGCUCGAAAGAUCGAGACAACAACCUCCGAGCAACGUUCAGCUUGACAUACUACCCGACAGACCGAAUCUCUUCGACAACAACAACAAUGUUUCAGAUCAAUGUUCGAGCUCGAUGGUAUCUACUAACUGUCUGGCUGCAGAUUCUCGUCAAGGAAUCUUUAGUCUCCAUAAGAAGAGGAAUCAACAAUCGGAUCAUGAAGUGGUUGAAGCUAGUAACUUGAUAUGUUUCAAUAAUGGAGGAUUCGAGAACCCUUAUUAUCACCAGGCGAAGGUGAUGAACGGAAAUGGCGUCUCACUUUCUCUCGGCCUUCCUCAUUCUCGUGACCAAACUUUCAGCAACGUUCAGUUCGGGACGGGCCAUCAGAUCGAAUUCUCGGGUAUUUCCCGGCCGCCUUCGACAUAUCGAAACAUCGAUGAUAGCAAGACGUUUGUCGCUAAUGCCGCUGCCCCGUUAUUGCCCGAUUUCUUCGCUUGAUCGAAACGAUUAUAUAUAUAUAUAUAUAUUUGUGUGAUUGGGGUUUGCGUUGGUUCUCUAUCUUGUUUUGGUGGUUUCCAUGGAUACGGAAGGUGAAAAAUACGCAGGGAAAAGAGAUAGGGUUUGAUUGUUACUAAGGGUUUGAUGUAUAGGAGAGCUCUGAGAUAUAUGUAUGUACACGUAGGCAGGGGAGAUUUGGGCAUUGAAAUUAGGGUUUAUAGUGUGUGUGUGUGUACAUAUAUAUGCUCAAAUAUUUGAUAUAUUCAUAUAUCAAUAUAUACAUAGAAAUGUAUGAAUGUGUGUGUGAGAUUUCCUUGUAUAUUCGGAUUUCAAGAACUUCCUGAAUCCUAUGCAUUUGAAGGUUGUGGGACCCA